AUGGACGCGGUGGUCCUCGUGAUCGUGUACGUCAUCGCUGGCGUCGUCCUUAUUCUGGUGCAGUUGCUUCUCUUCUUUGGCAUCGCUGGGUGCAUCGCGGUUGUGCUAGACGCCCAAAUCGAUCUGCUAUCGUGGUGCCGGUGCAAGACGGCGGACAAGGCCAAGGACGCGCCCAAGGUCAAGGACGCGCCCAAGGUCAAGGACGAGCCCGAAGAUGAGGACGCACGGCUCGUGCCUGCAGAUACCCAAGGCGCGCGGUGGUCGAUUCAAGACGCCAAGUUGAGAGUCUACGGCAAAAAGGGAUACGAUGUUUAACGUCGAACAGUUUGUAGACUGA